AGACCAACUGAGAACGAUGUAUGAGCCAUGCAACCCAGGAUCAGAAAAUUCAACGGCAGCGGACCACGGUGUGGUAUGGGAUGACAAUAUGUAUUUCGUGAUGGUCAUCCUCAUAAUAUUCUCCAUCAGUGGUACCAUCGGCAAUGCACUCGUACUCUACGUGUUUUCCAACACAAAACAGAAGCUGACCUCGACAAUCUUUAUUUUAGCUUUGGCUGGAAUGGAUUUCAUCACGUGUCUUUUAACAAUACCAUCAACAGUGGCUAUAGAAUACGUGUUGUAUUACGUGCAGAACGAUGCUGUUUGCAAAAUGUAUCACUUUUUACAAACGACGACGGUGCCAUUUUCUGCGUUAGUAAUGGUGGCCAUUGCAUCUGACCGAUAUCUUUGCAUAUGUCAUCCAUUUGUGCGAGCUAUGACCACAAGGCGCGCACAAAUUCUCGUUGCACUACUUGGUGCAGUCGCUGUGACACUGGGCAUCAUCGGGUCACUUGCAUAUAGCGUGUACAAGUUCAAAGAUAUAGAUGUAAUUAUUGAGAAUGGUACUCAUCUAAUGAAUUCAACGCCAGUUACGGGUAUAUUUUCUAACUACACAUACGAGACGGACACAUAUGCUGCUUACGUAGAUGGAGCUGGCGCAUCCUCAGCAUCACUCGAAAAUAACAAUGCCAACCGUACUAUAUGUUACACAGGAAUGUGUGACAUUAGUUUCCUUAUUUUGCCACGGAAAGUGUUCACCGUUUACCAAACGAUUUAUUCCUCACUUUUUCUCAUAUCGCUCGUAAUUGUCGCAUUUUUGUAUGCGUUAAUUUAUCGCAGUGUACUAUCAAGACGAAAACAAAGACUGAAAAUCGUCACGAACAAGUGCUGUCUAUUUUGGAGUGACGACUCACAACCCAGUGCGGAAGAGACAGAAAUUACAACUGUCAACACCGAUUCAAAUGAUAAACCGAUUAAACACGGCGUUAAAGCCGAGAAGGACGCCAUACUGAAACACGGAACUCGGGCAAAGCUUGAAAAGGUCCGCAUAGCAAACCUUAAGACAGCUGCCAUGUUGUUUGUUGUUACAUUAGUUUUUGUGUUGGCUUUUCUGCCCUCUUGGCUGAUGGCCCAUCGCUAUAUACAGAUGAACAUUAUCGUAUUUUAUAUGUAUUUUUCUUAUAAUAUUGCCAACCCAGUAGUUUAUGCCUUUAUGAACAGAAAUUUUAAAAAUCAAUUGAAAGAAAUAUUUAUAAACUGUAAAAAAUGAUCAGCAUUACCUGAAGAAGAAAUGUUGUUUUUCUCUCACAUGCCACAUGGAUAUUAAAUAAGAGCCAUUGACAAUUCUAUAAAGAAACUGUGAACUUUAAAAAUAAACUGAAGAACGUUCUGUUUAAAAAAAAAACGUAUAUUCAUAUAAACUUGUAUACACAUGAAGGCAUGUAUAAAUAUAUAACAAAGGCAACACAAGAAAUAUAUAUAAUCUCAUAUCCAUAUAAUUAUAUCUAAAUCAAUACAAAACACAUCACACGCCACAUAUAUACAUGCACACAAACAACACACACGCACGCAAACACACAUAAAGCAUACAGAUAUGCAUAUGCAUAUCUGAAGCGCCGUCUUUCAACACAUUAUAAUCACUCACAUUCUACAGGUGUACGCAUCACAUGUACAUGUUGAUAAAUUUGUUGAAAUCUGAGAAAUUGAACUGUUGAUACUCAGAGGUUUAUGUGUUUAUGUGGACGAACGGAUUCAUAGGUUUGUUUACAGUAGCAUAUUCAUAUCUGUGUUAAUAAAAAUACGCAAUAAAAUGGUCACGUAUGUGUUCAGAAAACAA